UCCGUUAGCAAAUACUCAAAUAUGAACAUCCAUCGACCGUUACCACUUCCUCUUACUCGUGACUCGUAUAUAUACUUUCUAUAGCAAGCACACGAGACCUAUACUCAGCAACUUUGCUUAGAAGCCUUUUCCAGUUUCUUUAUGCCCAGGCUCCCUUAGUUUUCUGAUCAAAUGAUCAGUUAUCAUUCCUACAAUCCGGCGAAAUUCGGGUAUAUAAGUGUAUCCUUAUGGGUAUGCAAGCACUAGAACAGGGAAGGAUGAUGUACUAUGAUACUUUCUGUUUUGUCGAGCCUUGCUUUGGUCUCUGGUUUGAUGGUUGUACGUGCUAAAAAUCCGGUACAUUCCGUUUUGUUUCCCAUCCCAGUCUUUCGUAACAUUUCAGGUUUACUUCUUUUGUUAGGUCUUGACUUUUUCGCUAUGAUCUUCCCAGUAGUUCAUAUAGGAGCUAUAGCUGUUUCAUUCCUAUUCGUUGUUAUGAUGUUCCAUAUUCAAAUAGCGGAGAUUCACGAAGAAGUAUUGCGCUAUUUACCAGUGAGUGGUAUUAUUGGACUGAUCUUUUGGUGGGAAAUGUUCUUCAUUUUAGAUAAUGAAAGCAUUCCAUUACUACCAACCCAAAGAAAUACGACCUCUCUGAGAUAUAUGGUUUAUGCCAGAAAGGUACGAAGUUGGACUAAUUUGGAAACAUUGGGCAAUUUACUUUAUACCUACUAUUCCGUCAGGUUUUUGGUUCCUAGUCUGAUUUUAUUAGUAGCCAUGAUUGGGGCUAUAGUACUGACUAUGCAUAGGACUACUAAGGUGAAAAGACAUGAUGUAUUCGGACGAAAUGCUAUUGAUUCUAGGAGGACUAUAAUGAGGGGGGUGACAGAUCUACUAAAGGAAAGUAGCUUAAUAUUGGUUCGAAUCCAAUUCGUGAGAUGGCCAUCUUGGUCAUAUAGAUGUCUUGACACCCUUCUUUUCUUUUCUCAUUUUCGAAUGACUGUCCCAUUCCAUUUUUGGUAUAACUUCAAGCCUGGACUCGCUAUACGAUGUAUUAGUAGAACCCCUGGGAUACAACGCCUGUUCCUUGAGUAUCAUGGGAUUGAAUACCCUGACCUCCCAGAGGCUCCCGAGAAAGCUAUUUCAGCCUUCCGGACAGUUAAGGGCAAUUCCUACGUCCCUCAUCGGUCUGAAUCCCCACCCCCGCAUAACACUUACUAG